GCGGGGGCCGGGCGGAGGAGGAGAAAGAGAAGAAGGAGGAAGGGAAGGAAGGAGGAGGAAUAAGAUCAGGAGGAGCGCGGCAGCAGGCCGAGGAACUCCCCCCCCCCCAAGAACCAUAGGGAGUGGUGCUGGAGGGAAGUCGGCCUCCAUCCCGUGACUGUGACCGCAGCCGUGGCAGCUCGUCGCCAUGCAGCCGGGACCAGCCGUGCUCGUGGCCAGCAGGCAAGUUCAGAAUGCUCACACUGGCUUGGACCUCUCCGUCCCCACAUAUCAGGAGUUCCGGGGAAAGAUGAUGUCCGGCCAUAUAGAAUACCAGAUUAUGGUGGUGACCUGGCUGUCCGCCUUCAAGUCGGCCAAGCACAGAGCCGAGGACAUCGUCCAGUUCAUGGUUUCUAAAAAAUACAGUGAGAUUGAAGAGUUUUACCAGAAGCUGACAAGUCGAUAUCCACAGGCUGCCCUUCCCUCAUUCCCCAGAAAAAUCUUGUUUGUUGGGGAGUCUGACAUACGGGAACGGAGGGCUGCGUUCAAUGACAUCAUGCAUCAGAUCGCAAGGAAUGAGGAGCUCACCACCAGCCCUGAGCUGCUGGCAUUCUUAGGAACCAAGUCCUCUGGGGGCACUGAUUUAAUGGGAAGGGGUCCCCCAGAGCACAAGAAUGAAGCUGAUGGGGACGCAGAGGAUGGCAUUGACUUCUUCCAGGAGCCAGACAAGACAGUGGGUGGGGGUCCCUUGCCUAGCAGCCUGAGCCACUCGAGAGAACAGAAGAAGGAGGAAGAGGAGGAAGAAGAGGAGGUGCUAGACCCUCUGGGCAUCAUGAGGUCCAAGAAGCCCAAGAAGCCUCCUGCCUCCUUCCAGGCCAGACCUCAGGAAACCCCGGCGGGCCCGAGCAAAGAGAGCAGGCCCAAGCUGACCAUCUUUGAAGAUGACGAGCUUUUCGGGGCCCCGAGCCGGGACAGCCUCAGGCUGUUCGAAGACCCUGACUUAGGAGGAAAGGUUUCCCUGGGAGAUUCCUUGCUUUUACCAACUGCCUGCGAGCGCCACCAGGAGCCCGUGCUGGGCCCAGCCCAUACGGACGUCAAUGAUGACCUGUUUGGAGUGGACGAGGACUUGGAGAAGAUCUUGAGCUUGGGGUCAGAGCCCAGACCCCAAGCCCUGCCCAGGGCCAAGCCUUGGAUGCCUGCCAAGCCAGCAAUCCCCAAGAAGCCCACGAUCCCACCCCCAAAGGCUGUUGCCCCAAUGGUGAGAGCGGCCCCGAGGGAGGACCAGCGGCAGGUGCAGGUCCAAGCUCUGAAUGAGCUGGACAUCCUGAGGUACAUCGAGGACCAGAAUUCAGCCCACGGUGCUGCCCCCAGUCUCUUCUGAGUGAGCGCUGGACCCUUGGCUGGUGCCCUCGCCCAGGAGUGAGCCCUGCCCGCUCGCCCUGGGACCUGCUGCUGUUGCCUUUAUACCGUGGGUCUGACAGUACUGUGCUGACCUUGACCCGGCGUGGCAGAUAGGAUGGAGAGCUUGGGAAGGACAUCCCACAUGUCAGGACCUCGAGGCUGUGGAGGAUGGAUGGAGGGGCGCAAACCAUCUGGGCAGAGGGAAGGAGCAGCCCAUCCCACGGGAUGAGAGUCAGAAGGGCCAGGACCGACUGCCACAGAGGAAGGGCACCCUGGCACAGGGGAGGACAGAGACACAGACCUGGGAGCCGGGCUCGUGGGCGCUCCAGCUCCAUGCUGGCACACAGGCCGUCCGAGAGCAAGCCCAGGUGUGAGAGGGGCGGAAGCCUCUGGGGUGAGGAGGCCCUGGCCGACACCAUGGUCCUUCGUUUGGAGGCUGCCGGGCGGGCUCGGUGGGCUUUGGGCAGAGCGUUUGCCAGAGUCUCCCUGGAGGUCUGUGCAGAUGAGAGGGUCAGCGGGACCGUGCUCACUGACUUUGUGACCUUGGGCAGGUCACCAGCUCCCCUGUAGCUCAGUGUCCUCAUCUACAAAGUGAGAAUUGCCAUCUUCGCAGUAUCCUCGGGUUUUUGUCAAGUGCCUUGGAGGGCUCCUGUCUGUCUUCUGAAGGGGGGGUCAUAUGUCUUCCGUGUUCCCUGUCUCACAGCAGGUGCUCAAAUAAAAUGAGAUUGAAAUGAGGCUGCCCAGCUGCCCCUGGGGCUGUCUAAAGGGGGGCAUGCCCUGCUGUCA